CGUUAUCAUCAAAUUGGCCUAUAAAUAGUGACUCAUAGGUUUAUGGAUAAGCACCAAACAUAACCAAAACACUUAACUCUUUUCUUUAUCAUCACUUCAUUCUUAUCUUCUUUUCUUUGCAACAUCACAACAAUGGAAGUAAUGUCUGCUCCAAGAACAACCUCCUCCUCAUUGAAUCCCAACGCUCCAAUGUUCGUCCCAUUAGCCUAUCGUACGGUGGAGGAUUUCUCAGAAGAAUGGUGGGCCCUUGUUCAAUCUUCACCUUGGUUUCAAGAUUACUGGCUCCGUGAACGCUUUCAAGAUCCACAAAACAACCAAAAUUACGACGAUUUUUCCGAUUUUGACCUUGAUGAAGAUGAUCUUUUCCAUGUUCAUGAAAUUGAACAACAACACGAAGAAGGGAAAGAGUUGAUGAAAUUGGGGGAUUUGAAAUGGAGAGGAACUAAUGGAUGGGCUGAAGCUCCAAGGUAUGCUGAAAAGGCUCCGAAGAUUGUUAAGCCCAGAGUGAGCCCACGGGCUAUUCAUCAGCCCAGGUAGAUUUGUGGUGGUUGGUGGCUAAUGGAAAAGAUAGAUGUUUGUGUUUUUGUAUAUAAAAAAAAAAUGAGUCACUUGAUGAGGCUUAGUAAAAAAAUAACUAGUUAUUAUGAUUUCUAAUCCAGUUUAAUUUUCAUUUUUAUUUUCUUUGUUGUUUUUGUUGAUUUGAUCUAGUUUCAGUCAGUGUAACACAAACUCUAAAAAAAUAAAAAUAACAAUUUCUUUCA